AGCUCAAAGGCUAAAUUAUCUUAGCCAUCAUUCACAGCCGCCUCCAACUUUUUAGCUUUCUUGCUUAGGAGCAGCCGUUGCUAUUAUACCUAAGCAGCCAUUCCUUUUUUUCUUCUUCUUCUAUAUAUCUUCAUUUCUUUCUAUAAUGGAAAAUUACCCAUCAUUUUUUCCAUUUUCUUCUUCUUCUUCUUCUUCUUCUUCUUCAGAAACAGCAUCAGCAGCUAGUUGUUCUUCCAUGUCACUGAACAUAAUGGGAAGUUCUAGCAUUAAUGGUUUUACUGACUACUUCCAAGCUAAUAAGGAAAAUGGGUUAUUGGGAUUGGUGCAAGAAAUGGAAGUGCCCAUGGGUUUAAUUAAUGGUCAUAGCAAUAACCUGUCACAGAAUAAAAGCUUUGGUGGUUUUGGGUCUGAGAAUAAUGAAGAAAAACUAUUAUCAUCAGGGAAGAAAAAAGGAGAGAAGAAGAUGAAGAAGCCUAGAUAUGCCUUUCAAACAAGGAGCCAAGUUGAUAUUCUCGAUGAUGGAUAUCGAUGGAGAAAGUAUGGCCAAAAGGCUGUCAAGAAUAAUAAAUUUCCCAGGAGCUACUAUAGGUGUACUCACCAAGGAUGCAAUGUGAAAAAGCAAGUUCAGAGAUUGACAAGAGAUGAAGGAAUUGUUGUGACAACUUAUGAAGGAAUGCAUUCCCAUCCAAUUGAAAAGUCUACUGAUAACUUUGAGCAUAUCUUGAGCCAAAUGCAAAUCUACACUUCCUUUUAAGUUAGCAUAAUACAAUAUUAUUAACACUCGAUUUCUUGUACAUUUUUUUAUGCACUUACAACUUAGAACCUCAAAAUAAAAUAUGCAACAUUUUGUUAUA